CAAUCAAUGACGUGAAACAGGGGUCAUAAACAGCUCGGAUAAGCCCAGGAUGCUCUGAGUGAAUGUGCACCACCACUUGCAUUUCUGUUUCAAAGAACGCACCUGCUCCGGCCUUCAUGGAUAUUUUUAGCUGCUAUCAUUUAAGCUGGUUUCAAAAUCAAGGACUUGCUGUACACUGAGUACAGUAAACUGACUUGGAAAACCAAAGAAGACUUUUUUCUCAUUUUUAGGUCAAAGACACUCAUCCUGUCCAGACAUGGUGAAUGUAGAUGUCCGAUCCCUCACCCAGCCUGUGGGGAUCAUCCGAAUAAUGGCAGCCAUCCUCACUUGCAUGUGUUUUAGCCUGGCGGGAGCAGAAGGAGUUAUUUCAUCUUCCUACUGGGCGUGGUGCAUGUUCACUUGGUGCUUCUGCUUCUUCUUCACGUUUCUGAUUGUCAUCCUGGAGUUCACCACUGUCCACAGCAAAGUACCUUUCGCCUGGGAUGACUUCACUACUGCCUUCGCAAUGCUUGCGAGCCUUAUGUGCCUGAUUGUCUCCAUCAUCUACCCCACUUUUUUCACCUGCAAAACCUGCCACCGGGCCAUUGGUGCUGCCGUGGUCUCCUGGGUUUGUUUCGCCGCAUAUGCAGGUGAGGUGGUCUUAACACGCCUUUAUCCUCGAGGGGAAACCAGCGGGUUCCUCUCCACGCUGCCGGGGAUAAUGAAGAUGCUGGAGACCUUCUUUGCCUGUCUCAUCUUUGUGUCCCUGGAUGGAAGCCAGUACACUGGUAAUUCAGGAAUCCAGUGGUGCGUGGCUGUGUACUCCUUGUGUUUUAUCUUUUCCAUCAUCAUAAUCCUGCUCACCCUCGCACAGCUGACCUCCUACUUGCCGAUCUCCUUCGACAAGGUGGUGAUUGUCUAUAACAUUUUGGCAGCAGUGAUGUACACGACAGCUAUGGUGAUCUGGCCACUCUACAGUUUCUCUAACAACAAACAAAGACCCCCUAACUGUGGUCACUUCUGUCCGUGGGAUAAGCUGGUGGUGGUCACCUUCAUGACAAUCUUUAACUUUAUUGUUUACACCCUGGACACUAUGUACUCGAUACGUCUUGUGUUCUGCAUCAUGAAUCGUGAAGACUAAUAUGAAACAAAACAUGCUCUGUGUUUGCAUCACUCUUAAUAGAACAAGGUUAUAAAAGUGUUUCAAUUUUUUAUAAACUUGUGUUAUACAGCUGUUGUUAUUGCUAAAUGAAUCCAAUAUAGUCUAUUAUAGUCUAAAGUGCUGUCUCAAAUAACUGCAUGAAAGAAAUGUAAAGUACCAAAACAUACUCAGUUAAUGAUUAGAUCUGUAGUAUCACUGUCAUAAAAUCUAAAAAAAAACAAAUACAACAAUAUAAUGAGUGGAACUUUGGAUCCUGAGGUGAUUAAACAGUACAGGCAAUAAUGUUGAGGUCAUCUAUAGCUCUGCUGCAUUGUGUAGUCAAAUUAUAUGCCAAAUAAAGGUGGGUGUGUUCACAUUCAUCUUUUUACUUGACGGUGUCGCAACUUUCUGAUGAAAGGAAGAGUUUGACAAGUGACAUUUCAUUGUAUAAUAAACAGGGUGGUUAUUUUUCAAAAAAAUGAAGGCCUGUACAAAAACAAAAUGUUAUUGAUGCACUUUACUCUUGAGUGUUAGCGUAAAGCCUGAUUGAUAUGUUAUUUGUUUAGGCCGAUACCAAUAUCUGCUGAUUUAAAAAGUCUGAUGUCCAAUAUCGGAUGAUAUAAAUGUAAACAGAUUUCAGCCAAUAACUGCACAUUUGCUGUUUGUAGUUUAUAUACUUGUUUACAUUCUGGCCAGUCAGCUGGUUGUUGUGUUUGUGGCAACUUUCCUGUUGCCAACAAGAAAGUUACUGAAUGCCCUCUGCUGGACAAACUUCUCGGCAUGAAGACUCGUGCUGCAUGGGUGCUUCUCCAGUCCCUUGGUUACUUUUUAAUUUUCAUUUACUGGCCAAUAUAAAUGCCAGUACAGUCAGAUCGACAUUUAGAUAAUGGUAUCUCCUUCAAAGGUGAAGGUCGAUAUUGUUACCUUCAUGUAGAACCAAGUAUCAUGCAUAGAAAAAUGAAAGCAAAAGUCUAGUAUUAUUUUGUUUGUGCUGAACUACUUAAAAAUGAACAUGUCCUAGUUUUAACAAUAGUAAUCUACAAACCAACGUGUGACAUUGACGUGUAUGUUCAUCUUUUAGAUCCAGUUAAUAAUAACUGUUUCCAUGUUCCCAGACUUUCUGCUAUUCGGGUCUUGUCACCUGAAUUAUAUAAUAAAGAGGACAUUUUGUUCCCUAAAUGUCAA